AUGCGCGACGACCGUGCGUCCUUCGCGCGCCCCUUCCCCCUCCAGACACCACCGACCAUCGCCCACCCACAACCCACCCUCGAUCCUUCCGCUUCACCCAUCCUCCUUCCCACACAGGUCCGUCUUGCGCAGAUCAUCGCCAUGAUACACACCGCGAGCGUCCUUCACGAGGGCGUAGCAGCCGGCAGCGAGGCAGCGCACGGGAACAAGCUUGCAAUUCUAGGCGGCGAUUUCCUUCUCGGGCGCGCCAGCUCCGCGCUCGCAGCUCUGGGCGCGGCGGAAGCCGUCGAGCUCAUCGCGGCCGCGAUCGCCAACACGGUCGAGGGCACGGUGAUGCGCGUCGCGACGAGCUCGCCGGCGGAAGCAUGGGCGUCGUACGUCCGGCGCGUAUACCUCGGCGGGGCGAGCCUGAUGGCGAAGGGCGCGCGGGCGGCGGUGGUGCUCGGCGGGUGUAGAGGGCAGCUGCCGGACGUGGCGUACGCGUUCGCGCGGAAUAUGGGCAUUGCGCAGCAGAUCAUGGAGGACGUGCGGGAGUGGGAGGCGGGCGGGAGCGACGUGACCGCGCCGCUACUGUGCGCAUGGAAGGUCAACCCGAAGAUGGGCGCGCUCGUCCAACGGGGGUUGGCGGACGAGGCGGACCUGGAUAUGGCCCGUGACUACGUCGAAGAAUACGACGGUCGAGAUCGCGCGCGGGAUGUAGCGCACGACUACGCAGCGCAAGCACGCGAGGUGCUCGCUGCGCUCCCGGAGAGCGGCGCACGGACAGCACUAGAAACACUGACCAUUGACGGCUUGGACUAG